CCAGUCCUUGCUGCCCGUCCUCGUCUUCUUCCACGGUGGGGGGCUUAUAGUAGGCACUGGCACCAGGAACAUGUACGGCCCCGACUACCUGAUGGACCGCGGCCUCGUCGUUGUCGUUCCUAACUACCGCCUGGGAAUAUUCGGUUUCCUUAGCAGCAACACAUCGGAUGCUCCCGGCAAUGCAGGACUCAAGGACCAGGUGCAAGCUCUCCGAUGGGUGCAGCAAAACAUACGGAUUUUUGGCGGCGACCCAGCAAGAGUCACCAUUUACGGCGAGUCAGCAGGCGCCACGUGCGUGCACUACCACGUCUUGUCACCGCUGUCUGCUGGUUUGUUCAGUGGCGCUAUACUAUCAAGCGGUGCGGUCCAGUCAGGAGUGUACCAAGACAAGGAUUACGACCUACUGCGAAGGGCCAUCAAGUUGUAUGGCGGCCCCAGCAGUAGCAGCCCGACGGCCAUGGUCAACUUUCUGAGGACUAUACCAGGCCUCGUCUUAUCCGGCACCUACUCGGAAGUGACGACAGACGAAGACAUGAAGCAGCUGGUGCCGAAGCUCUCUUGCCGUGCCGUGGUCGAGCCGCCGGACGGAGGGGAACCGGCCUUCUUCUCCGAGGACCCCAACGACCUCCUCGUGGCCGGCCGAUACAAUAAAGUACCCUUGAUCAUUGGCAGUAAUUUCCGCGAGGGCACACUCUUCUUUGUCGGCGUUUUUGCCACACGUUUCGUAUAUUCACCGGUGGUUUUAACACCUGAAUGUGAAAUGUGUUCCGAUUUUGUAAAAGAAAUGUGUGAAGUUGUUUCCAUCUUCUCUACUUAG